AUGCUCACCAGCACUCAGCCGCCCAUUCUCCCACCUGAAAUACUCAUUCUCAUUUUCCAAAAUCUCCAAGAAGCCGGAUCUAUGAAGACAUUAUCCUCGUUCAGGCAGGUCUCCAAAUCCUCAUAUUCCCUAGCAUCUCCUGUACUCGUGUCAUCGAGCCAGGUACCAGUCUCUCACCUGAUCAACCUGUAUAAUCACCACCGCUCAUUCGAGACCUACGAAAUAGCGGCUAUCGAAACAGGCUUCAGCUUUUCAAGUUCCGGUCAUGUGAAAAGGAAAUUAUACGAUCUGUCUCUGAUACAGAACCUGACAUUGGUGAAGUAUCCUAUGCAAAAUCGCAUGCCCAACAUCCCUACCCUGAGUGCUUGGAUCCGGAGUGGGAUAGAUGAAAGAACGAGUAACAAUCUCCCCAGGGUGGCUCAUACAAAGCCCCCCUUUCUACCUCAGCUUACCGAGCUCACAUUCUCUUCCUUCAUCCUGCAAGAUAUCGCUUUGCACCUCUCUUCGAGUUCUUCCGAGGGGAUCCGAGAUCAGUCACCUGACACAGUCUCCUUUUUGGUCGAUCUGGGUCACUCAGCCGGCCAACUUCGUACAAUAAGGUUCAAAUAUCCUUCUAGCAUACUGGACCAACGAGACAUGGAUUUAACUGGAAGACUUGCUAAGUCUAUCCAAUCCCUGAUUGCUCUUUUCCCAUCUAUCAAAGAGAUGUAUAUCGAGAAUGUGCAUCUUCAACCACUGCUACUUCCCGCCCCGAGGAAAGGGUUGAAGAAGAUCGUGGUAGAAUUUAGUAGACAUGCAAAAUGUCCGGAUAUGGGUGGAGUUGUAUUUCAAAAAAGGAAGGAACAGCUUCGAGAAGCUUUGCUUGACCUAACCCGUCAGAAGGGAGAUAUUUUUGAUGAGCUCCUUGAGUCACAGAUCACAAAGUACGAGCUCCGAGAUGCGAUUGGCUCGAUACCCCAAUGGGAAGGUGCGGAGGACAUAGAAGCACAAGCAAAUGAGCUAGAAGAUAUGCUGAAACGUGGUAUGCAGGAGGAACUUAUGACCAAGUCAGCUCAUCGGAUAAACAAUGAUCUGUUCAAUCUAGUCGAAAGGGUAACAUGA